AUGAAUACUCACGAGUUUAGUUAUAAUACAUGCAACAGAUAUGUGCAACAAGUGGACAGACCAGCAGCUUUGAUCCCGGCUGUGUACGGGGAGCACCAGCACCAAAGUUUCUGCUCUAACGACCGAGUUAUGCUUCCUCCCCUAUCGUCGCUCCUGCAAAUACCUUCUUACCAAGAUGGCUCCUUCUCAACGCCUCGGCUGUCCGAGACUCAUUACAUGACGCCCAAGCUCGCAUCUGUGCCAAAUUACAGCGUGAAAGGAAUGCAGUCGCCACUAACGCCGACGGCAUCAUCGGUUAUGAACAACGCUAUACAGCAGCCCGGGUCGGCUUCCUACUUUACAUUGGAUACCACGCUCCGGAAGGUCCAUGAUGAUGUUUCGAAUACAACUUAUCACACAUCACCAGCUUUUCGCGUUACGUCAAAACGAAUUGUUGACUGGCGGAAAUAUGAUCCCAAGAAAACCUGUCCACUGUGCGGCAGGCAGUGUACCAGGCCCAGCACAUUAAAGACACACAUGCUUAUCCACACAGGAGAGCUCCCAUUCCAAUGCAGCUGGACUGGCUGCGGGAAGCGCUUCAACGUCAGGAGCAAUAUGAAAAGGCACUUUAAUUCACACAAAAGAAAACUCGCCAAGGAAAAUGGACAAUUGAAUAGUAGCAUCGCGCAGUAA